AUGAAAUAAGAAAAAGAGAUUAUAUUCAAUGGAGAAUUUGAAGAUAGUUAAGAGGAGAACGAGGAUUAAUCCUAAGAUUAUGAGAGUGAUGAGGAGUUAAAUAAAAAGAAGAAAAAGAAAUCGCUUUUAAACACAAAUAAAAAUUUAAUAAUGAAUGUUUCAGACACUCAGUAUCCCGUAGUGAAAUUUGUAGGAAAAAUGAUUUAUAAGUUCAAACUACAAUAUGUUCCAUAUUAGGAAAUUAAUAAUUGGGAUUUUUGUUGGACUGACAAUGCUGUUCUCCCUGAAACAUUAGCCAAAAUGCAAUCUCAUCAGAAGAUUAAUCAUUUUCCAGGCAUGUAUUCAUUGGCUCGCAAAAACCAUCUGGGUAAGAAUUUGAACAAAAUGCAAAAGCAGUUCCCAGAAGAAUAUGACUUUUAUCCAAGAACCUGGAUGUUACCAAGUGAGUAUAAUGAUUUCAAACAAUAAUUUGGAAAGGCAAAAACAUUUAUACUCAAACCUGAGGCAUCAUGUUAAGGAAGAGGAAUUUUCUUAACUCGCUCCAUAGAAUCAAUUAAUCCUACUGAACAUUAUGUUGCACAAAGAUAUAUUCAUAAGCCACUUCUUAUCGACGGAUUAAAAUUUGAUUUGAGAAUGUACGUGUUGAUUUGUGGCUGCGAUCCCUUAAGACUUUAUUUGUAUAAGGAAGGCUUAGCAAGAUUUGCAACUCAAGCAUACAUCGCUCCGAACCUAAACAAUUUAGAGGAUAUAUGCAUGCAUUUAACAAAUUAUGCAAUAAAUAAGGAUAAUCCAAAUUUCAUUUUCAAUUAAGAUGAAAAGAAAAUGGAUGUUGGACACAAAAGAAGUAUGUCAAGUGUUUUUCAACUUCUAAGAGAUUUAAAUCAUAAUGUAGAUCAAUUGAUGGAUGAUAUAAAAGAUUUAAUAAUAAAAACAUUUUGUUCAGUUUAGCCAAUUUUACAAUAAAAUUACACCCAAGUUGAUAAUUAUGCUAAUAAUAUGUGUUUUGAGAUUCUUGGCUUUGAUAUUCUUAUAGACAGAUCUUUGAAACCAUUUUUACUUGAAGUCAAUCACACACCUAGUUUUACGGCUGAUACACCAUUGGAUCAAUACAUUAAAAAGAAUUUAAUAACUGAUACUAUUACAUUGAUGAAUAUCAAUCUAAAAACAAAGAAUGAGGUUAUUUAAUAGAAAAAGGAUGAAAUGUAAAAGAGAGUUUUGACAGGUAAAAAGACAAAGCUAACAAAUGAAGAGAAGAAAUAAAUCAAAUUAUAACUUUAAAGAUAACGAGACGACUAUGAAUCGUAGAAUAAGGGUAAUUUUGAAUUGAUUUAUCCAUGUUCUAAAUCUUAUGAGGAAUAUUUACAACAUUCUUUAAAGAUCUACGAGGAGUGGACUGGAGCAAACAUAAGAAGAAACCAGAAAAAGGAAUCUCUAUAAAUAAAUUAAGAUUCUCAAAAUAAAUCUUAAUCUUUACCUAAGAAGAUUUAACUUGAGAAGAGAAGCACUCUGUAUAAACAUAUUCAGAGUAGAAUCAAUACUAAUUUAUUUCCAAUUAUUAAAAAUGAAUAGAAUAAAGGGAAUGAAGUAAUUUAAGAGGGGGAAGAGCAACCUCCAAAUUAAAUAAAUACCAUACCCGAGGUUGACAAUGAUAAUUACGUUCCUUAUGAAGAUUAUUAAUAAUAGUCAUUGGAAUCAAUCAAAGAUUAUUAUGCUUAAACGGAUAAACGAGGGUUUGAGUUGUAGAUUUUGGACUUUUUUUAGUAAAGAAAGGAGGACAAAAGACUAAAUAAUUCGCACAUUCAGUAUCAAAAUGGACAAAACAUUUAAUCUCCACUUUCAUAAAUUAAGGGAGUCUUGUAGGGUAUAGCAAUUAAAAAUGUCAGACAAUUUGCAAUUAAAAAGAAUACUAAAAAUAUUAAAUUCUCUUAGAAAUAAAAUUAGGAUAAUGAACAGGAGAAACCAUAAGAGAAUCCAACUAAACAAUAGAUAAUAUCAUCUCAAUUUACAUAUUAAUAGACCAAUCCAUAGGGAAUGAAUGGUGCCUAUCUUAAACCCAAGGUGUUUAGUUUAAAAUUGUAGAAUCCUCCAAAAGGAUACAAAUUACAAUCUCUUCCUCUAUUGAUGCAAUAAAAUAAUACUAAAUUUAGGUAUGAAUGA